UAAUUUUUCUCUACCCUUAACCAUAUAACUUUUAUUGCAGAAAUUGGAAUGGGAUUAACAGGAUUUGGAGUGUUUUUCCUGUUCUUUGGAAUGAUUCUCUUUUUUGACAAAGCACUACUGGCUAUUGGAAAUGUUUUAUUUGUGGCUGGCUUGGCUUUUGUAAUUGGUUUAGAAAGAACAUUCAGAUUCUUCUUCCAAAAACAUAAAAUGAAAGCUACAGGAUUUUUCCUAGGUGGUGUAUUUGUAGUCCUUAUUGGUUGGCCUUUGAUAGGCAUGAUCUUCGAAAUUUAUGGAUUCUUUCUCUUGUUCAGGGGCUUCUUUCCUGUGGUUGUUGGCUUUAUUAGAAGAGUGCCAGUGCUUGGAUCCCUCUUAAAUUUACCUGGAAUUAGAUCAUUUGUAGAUAAAGUUGGAGAAAGCAACAAUAUGGUAUAACAACAAGAGAAUUUGAAGACUCAUUUACAAUAUUGUAUUAUUUAUAAAAUUCUUUGAAGAAUAUUCAGCACAAAAUUAAAUUACAUGAAAUAGCUUGUGAUGUUCUUUACAGAAGUUUAAAAGGUGUAGCCUACAAAGUACCAACAGCAAUUAGUAAAGAAGCAAUGAAAACAGGCUUCUAAUCAUGUGAUCUAAGAAGUCAGCAAGCAAACUGAGGGAGAUGAAAUCCAUGUUACGAGGCAUAUUGAAACUCUAGAAGGCUAUUUUUAUUAUCUUUCCAAAAUGUGCAGAACACAGCCAUUCUUAGAGAACUGUGGUGUCUGUUACUUUUCUUUUUACUAUUAUUAUUAAUAUUAUUUUGAAGGCUCAGGAGCACCCAUAGGCAUUUGCUUUUUAGAAAUGUCCACUGUGAUGGCAAAAAUAUUUCCAGUUGCACUGUGUUUCUGAAAGUGAUGCAUGAGUAGGAUUGGAUUAUGUCAUUUUAAUGUAUUAAACCCGGUGAAAACCCAGUUUUCAUGUAUGAUUCACUUUUUUGUAAACAUGGGGUUAAAAUAAAACUUUUGUGGUUUUUCCAAAGCUUAGUAUUUUAAAGCCAGGUGAAAAUCUGAACUAGUGAUUCUUUGUUGGAAUAUGCAGAGGUCAUUCUUCACUAUCUUUUAGUUCUUAAAUUAUAGCUCACAAAGAAUUGUUUUGGUCAGUAACCCACUUUGAAAAUACUCAUACUUCUUGGGAGUCUGACUGCCUAAGUACCUGUUUGUAUCAUUCAUCACAUAUACACAUCUAACAAAAAGCAUUCUUGACCAUGAAAUAGUAUGUUACAAAGCUGGUUUCAUUGAGUAGUCUUUUAAGAUACUCAGUGAUGCAAACCAAAUAGAUUUUUCCCAUGUCAUGAUGUUGUUUUUCUUUUAUUUUUUAAAAUUCAGCUGUGAUUUAUUACUUUCUUUUUCAUAAAUUAACUAACUUUUGGUAAUGUUUACUUUAAAAAUGUAACAUGUAAAAAUUUAAACCUGUAACUGUGUUUUAAGGGCUGUUCAUGUAAUCUGAGCUAAUUUUUAGCUUUUUCACAAACGUACAAAUAUUGGUAUACGUGACGUAUGCUUCAUGCUCAGUCUUCACCCUGAGAGGGUGAAGCAAGUUCACAUGCUGAAGAUGUUUUACUGUAAUUAAACUGGCUAUGAUUUCUUGAAAACCUGACACUAAAAAAAUAGUGGAUUUUUCCCCCUUCCAUUGCUGAUGGUCAGACAGUAAAAAACAGCAAAUGUUUCCCUAGUUUUCCAAGGUGGCAGCUUUUGUGAUAGAUGUAGGAACCCAUUUCAAAAAGCCACAGUCCUAUUUGUGUUACCACUAAUGAUUGCACUAUUUAUUUUUUAACAGUUGCAAAAAUACAUAAAAUCACAAUUGAAAUUUGUGGUAUUUAUUUAUAUACAUGUCUACAAAAUAUUACAACAUUUGUUAUUUUUAAUUAAGUUUCUUGAUGCACAGAGAACUCCCAAACUUGCUUAUCUGCAGAAGGAAAGACUUGGUAUAUAGUGUAAUGGUUCAGUCUUGUGGAUUACUGUCAUUUUUGGUACUUGCAUUUGACUUUAUUAUAUAAUCUGUGAAAAUGAGAUAAAUGGAGACUCCUACCUCAAUAGUUCAUGGAAUAAUAAAAAACCUAGUGUUGUGUCUAAUGUUCUUCAAAAAAAUUAAUAUCCUCACUUGGAGAUUGUCAAAUAUAUUCAUAUAUAUAUAUAUACUUUGAGAACUGACUUAUAUAAGGUGCCCUGUAGGACUCUUAAUACAUAUUUUUGACUGACCCAUAUUAUUUGCAAUUGCUAGAUAUUUCUCCCUUUUUAGAGCAAGAACAGUAAAUGUUAAUGUAAGGAGCAUCUGUAUCAUUUAACUUCUUUGUAGACAUGAAUUUCUAUCAAAAUGUUCUUUGCACUGUAACAGAUAUCCUUUUUUCAACAAUCUUAUUUCAGAAAGCAUUAUUGGACUUCAAAGGAUUUGAUAAUAUCCUAGUCCUUGAUAUGGUUGCAGGGACUAGAGCAGUUUUCAUCUUCAAAUGAGUCUGCAGUCAGUAUCGAAUGUGAGUUUGGACUGCUUGGCAGCAUUGUAUAUUUCUUAUACAGAACCUUGAUGAGCUCUAUUUUUAAACAUACUAGCCUUCUGACAGAAACCCUAUCCUAUUGUUUCUCUCCCUCAUACACAUACACAAAAUCAGCCUUCUGUCUUUGUGACAAAAAUGUACUUUGAUUAUUCCCAUAGAGAUGGAGGAAAGGUCUAAUACUACUUAGCCUUAAGUGUUUCUGUCAUUGUUCAAAUGUAUUUUCUGUAACAGAAACAUAUUUGGAAUGUUUUUCUUUUCCCCUUAUAAAUUGUAAUCCCUAGAAUACUGCUGCUUUAAAAGUCUCAUAGUCAGAUUAUUAUAUAAUCUAACAAUUGACUAUUGUAAAUACACUUGUCUUACCUCUCAAUAAAAGGGUACUUUUCUAUUAA